AUGCAAUUCAACACGCUCCGUCUUUCGCUUUCUGCUGCUCUCUUGAGCGCCACCUCUAUCAUAUCUGCCCCUGCUCCCACCCUUGGCGGUGGUCUAGGCAUUGGCGGUGGGAUUGGAAUUGGAAUCGGGUUGGGAGGCGGUUUGGGAGGUGGAUAUGGUGGAGGCUAUGGGGGAGGUUAUGGGGGAGGCUACGGUGGAGGUCUAGGCUACGGUGGCGGUCUCGGCUACGGUGGAGGUCUCGGCUACGGUGGAGGUCUCGGCUACGGCGGAGGUCUCGGCUACGGUGGAGGUCUUGGCUACGGGGGUGGUUUAGGAUAUGGCGGUGGUCUGGGUUAUGGGGGAGGCUAUGGAGGUGGGCUUGGGUACGGAGGAGGCUACUACUAG